CCUGGUAUUGAAAACACUGAACACUGAACCGAACACGGUCCUCAUUUUGAUCCCAAGGUCGCUCUUCCACUUGUGAGACGUAAUCAGCAAGUUUCGUUGCCACCAUCAAUGUUGAGCGUCUGAUUUUCUUGUCACAUAUCUCAUAAAAACCAUCACGAAUUGUUAAUCAGCGCACAGCAGAGGCUAUUUUUAAGAUGGAUUUUCAUGCUCCAGAAGUUAGUCCGCAAACAAACUCCAUUUAUGGAUUAACAGCCUUAAUUAUUAUCACAAUAACAUAUUUUCUUUGGAAAUUCUUUCGUUCUCGGCCUGCAAACUCGCCAAUUGAUAGUGAAUCACGUCGUUUAGCUGUGGAAGCUGCAAGAGCAAGAUUUCAGGCUGAAGUCGACGCUGAAGUUGCCCAGAAAAAAGCUAAAUAUCAAGAUGAGGGAGAAGGGAAAAGCAGCGUUCGUGAAAGUAAUCAUUCUGGUGAAAAAAAGAAGCGGCUUCGACCUGAUGACUACAAUCCAUUAAUGGGUGAUACUGGCAGAACGUAUAGGCCAACUUCACGAUUUUGUUCAACUGGUGGAUGACGUUAAUUGAUUAAACAAGACACCUCUCCCAAUUCAAUAGGAAGAACUCAAUCACCCACUAAUUGAGUUCAAGCCUUACUAUUAUUACAUUUUUUACACAAAGAUUGAAAAUAAAACAAGGAAUUUUUCUUUCCAAAUAAUAUGAUGUUGUUAAUUCGAAAUUGGAUACACACUCCAUGAAUAACAACGGAUGGUGGUUUUAUUUUCUCUUUGUUGUAAAAAAAGUGUAACAAACAAAAUCUUUAUACUACUUAAAAUUGUUACUUUCACUUGUGAUUUUCUUGUCAAUAAUAUAUAUUCAAAUUUUUUGC